UCUGCUAAACCUUCAAUUCCAGUGGCACACACCUAAGGAUCAAUCAGUCUCCACAAACGGAUUAAUAUAUUAAUUGAAUUACCAGCGUCGGGAUCAAAAAUGGCUGGCGGAGCAGUCUUGAAUGUCGCCGGAGGGAAGGAUUAUCCGGCGAAGAUGACGCUUUAUGUCUUCCUCACCUGUCUCGUGGCCGCCACCGGUGGUCUCAUAUUCGGAUACGAUAUCGGAAUCUCCGGCGGAGUGACGGCUAUGGACUCAUUUCUCAGCCGCUUCUUUCCCUCCGUGUACCGCUUGGAGAAAGAGAGGGCCUCCACGAACGAAUAUUGCAAAUUCAACAGCGAGCUCCUCACGCUCUUCACGUCGUCCCUGUAUCUGGCGGCUCUGGUCGCCUCCUUCUUCGCGGCGACUGUAACAAGGGUGUUCGGCCGAAAAUGGUCCAUGUUCGGCGGAGGUCUCACCUUUCUCGUCGGGGCGGCACUCAACGGCGCGGCGGUGAACGUGCUGAUGCUCAUCCUAGGCCGCAUUCUCCUCGGAAUCGGUGUCGGUUUCGCGAACCAAUCUGUUCCCGUUUACCUCUCUGAGAUGGCCCCCGCGACACUCCGCGGCAUGCUUAACAUCGGAUUCCAGCUGAUGAUCACCGUCGGUAUCUUCGCCGCAAAUCUCAUCAAUUAUGGGACUGCUCAGAUUAAAGGCGGCUGGGGUUGGCGGGUGAGUCUCGCGCUUGCUGGCGUACCAGGGGCCAUCAUCGCUAUCGGCGCAUUCGUACUCCCCGACACCCCAAAUUCACUCAUCGAGCGCGGCCACGAAGCCGCCGCCAAGGCUAUGCUUCGCAAAAUCCGUGGAACUGAUGAAAUUGCGGCGGAAUACGAAGAUCUCGUGAUUGCCAGUAAUGACUCCAAGGUCGUGAAACACCCAUGGAAAAACAUUAGGGAACGAAGAUACAGACCGCAGCUCGUCAUGGCCAUGCUCAUCCCUUUCUUCCAGCAAAUCACCGGCAUCAACAUCAUCAUGUUCUACGCCCCUGUUCUAUUCCGAACUGUGGGCUUCGGCGACCAGGCUUCGCUAAUGUCCGCCGUUAUUACGGGUGUGGUCAACAUGGUGGCCACCUUCGUCUCCAUUUUCUCCGUCGAUAAGGUCGGCCGCCGCGCUCUAUUCCUGGAGGGCGGGGUUCAAAUGUUCAUCUGUCAAAUCAUUGUUGGCUCGCUGAUUGGCAGCAAGUUCGGGGUGAGCGGAGCGCAUGCGGAUUUGUCCAAGGGGUACGCCGCCUUGGUAGUCAUAUUUGUCUGCAUCUACGUGUCCGCGUUCGCGUGGUCUUGGGGACCUCUGGGGUGGCUCGUGCCGUCCGAGAUCUUCCCGUUGGAGAUCCGAUCGGCGGGGCAGAGUAUCAAUGUCUCGGUAAAUAUGUUCUUCACCUUCAUCAUCGCCCAAGUUUUUCUCAACAUGCUCUGCCAUAUGAAAUUCGGGCUAUUCUUCUUCUUUGCCGGCUGGGUUGUUGUAAUGACAACGUUCAUCUGGUUCUUCUUGCCGGAGACGAAGAACGUGCCAAUAGAAGAGAUGGUGUUUGUUUGGAAGAAGCACUGGUUUUGGGGAAAGUUCAUCCCCGAUGAGGCGCUGCACGGCAGAGGUGGCGCAGCCGCUUAAGUGAAAUGGCUGAUUGUUGUC